AUGGGAGGUGGAGAGCAUCCUCCUACUAAAGUGCUGGUGAUUGGCGGCUCAUACGCUGGCCUUGCAGCAACAACCACACUUCUCGAUCUCUGCCGUGGCAAAAUGUCAACUGGCUCUAUCUCACCGGAGGGCCUCGACACCAAAUCAAGAUUCCCUAUUAACAUCACCCUCGUCGAUGAACGAGACGGAUUUUACCACCUCAUAGGCUCACCUCUCCCCCUUGCUUCAGAAUCGUACUCCAAGAAAGCGUGGAUGAAGUUCUGCUCCCUCCCGGCAUUACAGGUCCCCAAUCUCAAGAUCAUUCAAGGUUCAAUCACAGCAGUCGAUUGCGGGAGAAAGGUUGCAACGAUCAAAACGAGCAGUGGUGGAAGGGAGGAGGGAUACGAUUAUCUCAUCGCAGCGUCCGGAUUGAGACGUGUGUUUCCUGUUGUGCCGCAAUCCCUUAGUGAAAAGGCCUACCUGCAAGAAGUGAAGGAGCAGGUAGAAAACAUCAAAAGUUCGAAGGAAACGAUCGUGGUAAUAGGUGGCGGUGCCGUCGGGAUAGAGAUGGCUGCUGAGCUGAAACUGGUCCAUCCGAGUAAGAGUGUGAUGUUGAUUCACAGUCACGAGAAACUUCUCUCCGCCGAACCUUUACCAGAAGACUUGAAAGACAAGACACUCGAAUUGUUAGAAGAAGGAGGCGUUGGGGUGUUGCUAGGACAGCGCGUUACUUCCGCCAAGGAAAUCAAGUCGGUCGAUGGGGGCAAGGUGUAUAAAGUCGCGUUAGGAGAUGGAACGGAGUUAUCAGCAAGCCAUGUCAUCUGGGCUAUCUCAAAAGCCGUGCCCACAACCACUUACCUCCCUCCCACCGCACUAGAUUCCAACCAACUCGUCAAAAUCGAUGCAAAGACGAACUUCACUGGCGGUAUUCCAAAUUCUGCCCACCAUUUCGCAGUAGGAGAUCUCGUCUCCUGGUCCGGAAUCAAGCGCUGCGGUGCCGCCAUGGCGAUGGGUCACAAUGCAGCCUUCAAUAUCCGUCAGCAGCUUCUCGAAGCGCGGACAGUAAAGAAAGCAGAGUUCAUUGAGUUUCCAGAGAUUCCGCCUAUGAUUGCGCUCGCUGUUGGCAGGAAGGCUAUAAGUUAUAGUCCGAACGCCGGAACGGAGGAGGGUGCUGAGGUUAUGAGGAAUUUCUUUGGGGACGAUUUAGGGUUGAAGAUAUGUUAUGAUCAUUUGAGGUUGGGUGUUGAGUCUUCGUAUAGUUUAGCAGGAAAAUGA